GAAUAAGCUAUUUUCACUAUUUUGUGUGUUUUCAAUGUUUACUUGAUCCAAAGGGCCUUAUGGAUUCUAUUUUUGUUACAGUUGGAACCACUCGAUUUGAUUCGUUGAUUGAUAAAAUAUUGGACCCAUCGACUAUUAAGCUUUUGCAAGAUAUCGGCUGUAAAAAGUUGACGAUACAAAAAGGCAGUUCUCCUGCUAAAACACUUAUUCCUCAACCAACUGGUAUUGAUGUUGAAGUGUUUGAUUACGCACCAACCAUAAUUGAUCACAUUGAAAAAGCCAAUUUUGUUAUAGGUCAUUCAGGAGCUGGUACCAUUUUGGAUGUAUUGAGAUGUGGUAAACCAUUACUAGUUGUCAUCAAUGAUUCUUUAAUGGACAAUCAUCAAACUGAAUUAGCUGAUAAACUGUCUGCUGAAGGUUUUCUUAAAAGUUGUACUGUAGAUACGCUAAAAUCAGCUUUAAAGUCAUUCAAUUCUGACUCGAUUAAGAAGUUUCCUGCACCCAAUUUAGACACAUUUCCAAAGUUUUUAGAUAAAGUUUUCCAAUUUUGAAAUGGAAGUCAUUAAAGGCGAUAAACUAAGAGAAAGUGAGAAUAAUCUGAAGCUAUGUGGGAAAUUGGUUGGCAAAAGAGUUGUUAUAACCACUGAUGUUGGAUUUAAAUGUGCAGGAUUAGUGAAAGCAAUUGACCCUCUUUCUGGAACAAUAGUAUUGUUACAUUGUGAUGAAGCGGACCCUUCGAAAGUUACUGAUAUAAGAAUAAUAACUGGGCAUUCCAUUGAAGAGGUGAACAUUGAAGCUGAUCAAAAUUCAAAUCAAUUAGUUGCGGAUAUUUUGAAAGAAAAGGAAUUUGAUGAAAAUGAAUUACAAGAUCGUAAAGAAAAGCUUAUCGACUGGUUUAAAAAGAACCGUAUUCCAAUUGUGGAGAAAGAAAAUAAAGAUUUAGUUGUGGCUUCAGUAAUAACAAUAAAACCACCUUAUAGAAAAGAUGAUUGCAGUUCAAGUAAUGUUAUGGUAAUCCGGCGAAUACAAGAUCUUAUGAGCAAAAUGCCAAACUCUGAAUAUGUUACUGAAUGAACAAAAGAAUGAGCCAUUUCAAUUCCAGAUUAAAAUUUAAUACUUGCAAGACAAUAAUAAAAAAGUAAAUUUAAAAAAUUGACAAAAAAUUUUAA